AAGGAUAUACCUUCUUCUCACCACCUCAUGGUACUUUCUCCAAAAUUGACCAUAUAAUCAGGUACAAAACAGGCCUCAUCAGAUACAGCAAGAUAGAAAUAAUCCCAUGCAUCCUAUCAGAUCACCACAGGCUAAAGCUGGUCUACAAUAACAAUAAGGAAAGAACGCCCACAUAUACAUGGAAAUUGAACAAUGCUCUACUCAAUGAUAACCUGGUCAAGGAAGAAAUAAAAAAAAGAAAUUACGCUUACCUAGGAAGCGCAAGGCCCUGGGUUCGGUCCCCAGCUCCGAAAAAAAAAGAAAUUAAAAACUUCUUAGAAUUUAAUGAAAAUUAAGGUACAACAUACCCAAACUUAUGAGACACAAUGAAAGCUGUGCUAAGAGGAAAACUCAUAGCUCUGAGUGCCUGCAGAAAGAAACAGGAGAGAGCAUAUAUCAGCAACUUGACAGCACACCUAAAAGCUCUAGAACAAAAAGAAGCAAAUACACCCAGGAGGAGUAGAAGGCAGGAAAUAACCGAACUCAGAGCUGAAAUCAACCAAGUAGAGGCAAAAAGGACUAUACGAAGAAUCAACAGAACCAAAAGCUGGUUCUUUGAGAAAAUCAACAAGAUAGAUAAACCCUUAGCCAGACUAACGAGAGGACACAGAGAGUGCGUCCAAAUUAACAAAAUCGGAAAUGAAAAGGGAGACAUAACAACAGAAUCAGAGGAAAUUCAAAAAAUCAUCAGAUCCUACUACACAAGUCUAUAUUCAACAAAACUUAAAAUCUGGAGAUAAUGGACAAUUUCCUAGACAGAUACCAGGUACUGAAGUUAAAUCAGGAACAGAUAAACCAUUUAAACAACCCCAUAACUCCUAAGGAAAUAGAAGCAGUCAUUAAAGGUCUCCCAACCAAAAAGAGCCCAGGUCCAGAUGGGUUCAGUGCAGAAUUCUAUCAGACCUUCAUAGAAGAUCUCAUACCAAUACUAUCCAAACUAUUCCACAAAAUUGAAACAGAUGGAUCACUACCGAAUACCUUCUAUGAAGCCACAAUUACUCUUAUACCUAAACCACACAAAGACCCAACAAAGAAAGAGAACUUCAGACCAAUUUUCCUUAUGAAUAUCAACGCAAAAAUACUCAAUAAAAUUCUUGCAAACCAAAUCCAAAAACAACACAUCAAAACAAUUAUCCAUCAUGAUCGAGUAGGCUUCAUCCCAGGUAUGCAGGGAUGGUUUAAUAUAUGGAAAACCAUCAACGUAAUCCACUAUAUAAACAAACUGAAAGAUAAAAACCACAUGAUCAUUUCAUUAGAUGCUGAGAAAGCGUUUGACAAAAUUCAACACCCCUUCAUGAUAAAAGUCCUGGAAAGAACAGGAAUUCAAGGCCCAUACCUGAACAUAGUAAAAGCCAUAAACAGCAAACCAGUAGCUAACAUUAAACUAAAUGGAGAGAAACUUGAAGCAAUCCCACUAAAAUCAGGGACUAGACAAGGCUGCCCAUUCUCUCCCUACUUAUUCAAUAUAGUUCUUGAAGUUCUAGCCAGAGCAAUCAGACAACAAAAGGAGAUCAAGGGGAUACAGAUUGGAAAGGAAGAAGUCAAAAUAUCACUAUUUGCAGAUGACAUGAUAGUAUAUUUAAGUGAUCCCAAAAGUUCCACGAGAGAACUACUAAAGCUGAUAAACACCUUCAGGAAAGUGGCUGGGUAUAAAAUUAACUCAAAUAAAUCAGUAGACUUCCUCUACACAAAAGAGAAACAAGCUGAGAAAGAAAUUAGUGAAACGACACCCUUCAUUAUAGUCCCAAAUAAUAUAAAAUACCUCAGUGUGACUUUAACCAAGCAAGUGAAAGAUCUGUAUGAUAAAAACCUCAAGCCUCAGGGGCUGGGGAUUUAGCUCAGUGGUAGAGCGCUUACCUAGGAAGCUCAAGGCCCUGGGUUCGGUCCCCAGCUCCGGAAAAAAAAGAAAAAAAAAAAAAAAAAACUUCAAGCCUCUGAAGAAAGAAAUUGAAGAUCUCAGAAGAUGGAAAGAUCUCCCAUGCUCAUGGAUUGGCAGGAUUAAUAUAGUAAAAAUGGCCAUUUUACCAAAAGCAAUCUACAGAUUCAAUGCAAUCCCCAUUAAAAUUCCAAUCCAAUUCUUCAUAGAGUUAGACAGAACAAUUUGCAAAUUCAUCUGGAAUAACAAAAAACCCAGGAUAGCAGCACUUUGGAGAUCCCGAGGAUCUGUAUCUUGCUUCAACAGUGUUUGGACGGAACAGACCCGGGGACUCCCACUUUAUUCACUUCCAGCCGCCUUACAAGCCUCUCCAGUCGCAGCCUCCGGGACCAUCUCCUUGCCGCCUUCGGCUCCUAGGACCAGCCAGCCCCGUCUUCGUGGUUAGCUCCAUACUCCGGAUCAGCCAUGACCUCUCAGAUUCGUCAGAAUUAUUCCACCGAAGUGGAAGCUGCCGUGAACCGCCUGGUCAACUUGCACCUGCGGGCCUCUUACACCUACCUCUCUCUGGGCUUCUUUUUUGAUCGGGAUGACGUGGCUUUGGAGGGCGUAGGCCACUUCUUCCGCGAAUUGGCAGAGGAGAAGCGCGAGGGCGCCGAGCGUCUCCUCAAGUUGCAGAACGAACGCGGGGGCCGUGCACUCUUCCAGGAUGUGCAGAAGCCAUCUCAAGAUGAGUGGGGUAAAACCCUGGAGGCCAUGGAAGCUGCCUUGGCCCUGGAGAAGAACCUGAACCAGGCCCUCUUGGAUCUGCACGCCCUGGGCUCUGCCUGCACAGACCCUCACCUCUGUGACUUCUUGGAAAGCCACUUCCUGGAUAAGGAGGUGAAGCUCAUCAAGAAGAUGGGCAACCACCUGACCAACCUCCGUAGGGUGGCAGGGCCACAACCAGCGCAGACUGGCGUGGCCCAGGCAUCUCUGGGCGAGUAUCUCUUUGAGCGCCUCACUCUGAAGCACGACUAGGCCUCUGUGCCUUCCAAGGGGCUCCCUCCUCUGCUCUGCACCGACCGCCUCAGCACCUCCACCCGAAUGAACCUCUAAAGCCACUAGGCAGCUUUGUAACCGCCCUGGAGCCUCUCCCAAGUCUUGGACCAAGUAAAAAUAAA